CCGGAAGUUAAAAACAACACUUCUUGCAAAUCCACGUUCUUGCAUUUAUAUACCUAAAGCACAAUUUUACCUGUUGCAUUAUGUUACUGUAAUAUAAGACAUAAAUAAGAGACACUUGGGAAGCAGAUAAUGUAAGCUCAGAGAAUGAAGAACUGAAUUGACAACAGGAAUAUAGUAUAUACUGCACAUUUAACUAAAGCAAGAUGGAGGACAUGAUGGCAGAUUACAUGUUGGAUGAUAUAGAUUAUGAACAAGAGUAUUAUGAUGAUAUGAUGGAAUAUGAUGAUUCAAUGAUGGAAGAGGGAGCAGUUUAUACUCGGUUACCACUGACACAGGUGUUUGAACAAUGUAUGCUCCCUACAAUACAGCAGACGGCAGGUUCGGUGCUCCCUCUAAUGGUGCUUUGUAUUGUCUGUAAAAUGUGUGCGAAUCUCUGUACAGAAUCUAUUGAUGACCGUGAGGAUAUUGCGUUCCCCAAAGUGACAUUUCAUCUGUCAUCAGCGAUAUGCGGGCUAAUGGCCUGCCAUCUAUUCUUUCAUGCUGACCUCCUGUAUAUGUUAAUGCUUGGUAUCCUGGCCUACACAAUGCUAGCUUUGGCCAAUUGGAAAUGUCGGCAGUUUUGUGGCAGUGGCGUUGCUGUCAUCACAGUGCUCUAUUUAUUAAUAUGUGAACUGUUUCUAGUAGAGGGAGAAAAAUGGCACCAAAUAAGAGGUGCUCAGAUGGUUUUAGCGAUGAAAGUAAUCUCUGUUGGUUUUGAUCUCAGUAACUCAAGUAUAGAGAAACUUCCUGCACCGUGGGAGUUCUUAGGAUAUAUAUUUAAUGUGGGCACUGUCAUAUUUGGUCCAUUUGUCAGCUUUACAGACUACUCAGCUGUGCUGUUACAAUCUGAAAGAUUAAUCACAUGGCAUUUUAUAAAACGUCUUCUUGGCAGUUUUGCAAUCUCAUUGGUGUGUGUUGUUAUAUCAGCGUGCGUCACUUAUUGGCUAAUACUGGAUGAUUCAGGAAGCUGGAUGCUAGCAUACAGAGAUGCGCAGUCAUUCCGCUUCAGUCAUUACUUCAUUAGCUUCUUGUCAGAGGUUACCACUCUGUGUAGCGGACUCUCCUGGGUCAUACGCGGGAAUAUAAGGGAUAUUAAUGUUAGUCGUCCCUAUCACAUAGAAUUGCCGCGAUCUUUGGUGGAAGUUGUCUCUAAAUGGAAUCUCCCCAUGCAUUAUUGGUUGAAAACAUAUGUCUUCAAAUCAGCCAUAGGUCUCGGAAACUUCACAGCCAUCCUUCUCACCUAUAUAGCCAGUGCAAUAUUACAUGGUUUAAACUUCCAGUUAGCAGCAGUGCUGUUAUCAUUAGGCUUCUACACCUACACAGAAUAUGUUUUACGUAAAAGGCUGUCGCGGAUAUUUGAUGCUUGUAUACAAGCAAAGAAGUGUAAAGAAGACUGUACUCAUCAAUUCAAAUCUAGUCACAUAUAUGUCAGGGUGGUGAAUGUGUUUUUUGGUUGCUUAGCAAUGUUCCAUUUAGCCUACCUGGGAAUGAUGUUUGACGGUAGUGCUACAACUGAACAGGGCUACACAAUGGAGCAUACAUUGAGUAAAUGGGCACAUCUUGGCUACAUGAGCCACAUUGUAGCUAUUGGUAGCUACAUCUUCUACUUUCUCAUAUAAUCCAACAAAAUCUAUGUUAUACUCUUGUGGAUGAUGGUCUCACUAGAGUCAACUUUUCUUGGAGUAAAGAAAAGAUGUUGUGGGAGUUGGUUGCUUAUGGAAAUAUGGGACUGGAAAUGUUAUAUGGCUCAUUCUAGUGAAGUGUUAAUGGCCACUAGGCAUCCCACUAUUGCUUGGUGCACCGAUAUAUUCACUAUCAUAGGACCCAUAAUGGUGCUUUACUGUCUACAUAUAUAAUGCAUUAUUGUGUACAAUGGUGAACAGUGUACGAUGGUAUCUUCUUCAGCAAAGAGCAUUCAUGACAGUUUACAUGC